UAUUCCGCGUUGGCCUGGACGUGGCAUCUCUAGAAGACAGAAGAGCUGCGCCCAUUCCCUGUCCGGUUACAUUAAAAUACGUUUACAUUUAUCUUUUAGGAUAUCAAUUUCUAUAAUUCAGCAGUAAAGCGGGGCUCUUUCGCAAAAUGGGGCUGACAAUUUCGUCGCUAUUUUCCAGACUUUUCGGCAAGAAACAGAUGAGAAUACUUAUGGUUGGUUUGGACGCUGCUGGAAAGACCACUAUCCUCUACAAACUGAAGCUUGGCGAAAUUGUAACCACUAUUCCAACCAUCGGCUUUAAUGUGGAGACAGUUGAGUACAAGAACAUCUGCUUUACCGUGUGGGAUGUUGGCGGUCAGGAUAAGAUCCGGCCCCUGUGGAGGCACUACUUCCAGAACACACAGGGCCUUAUCUUCGUAGUCGAUAGCAACGACAGAGAGAGAGUAGCAGAGUCGGCAGAAGAGUUGUCGAAAAUGCUGCAAGAAGAUGAGCUGAGAGAGGCAGUGUUGCUGGUAUUUGCCAACAAACAGGAUCUUCCCAACGCCAUGGCAGUGAGCGACCUCACAGACAAACUGGGCCUGCAGAGCUUGCGCAGCAGAACUUGGCAUGUGCAGGCUACCUGUGCUACCCAAGGCACAGGACUUUACGAGGGACUGGACUGGCUAUCCAACGAGCUGUCAAAACGCUAAAGGAGAGAGCAAAAAACAGGAGCUGGGUCGGAGUAAACGAGAUCUGAACAUGCCCAGAGAGAAAGGGGUGUGGCAUGUGCUGAGAAUUCCAUCAGAAGAAAAUGACAACUUUUUAAAUUAUCGGUGUGUCUGUCUGGUUGAACUUGGAGUUAUGGACUUUGCGAUCAGUUCCUGUUCUGAAACACUUUUCUCACUUCAUUCUUAUGUUUUAUUCUGUGUCGUCCUUGCAGAUGUUUCUUAGACUGUUUAUAUCUUUCUUUUUACCUCCCAACCCCCCGCCUCAAAUUUGUUUUUUUGAGUUGCAUGUUUUCAGAAGGGGGAAAACACCCAAACAAAAAUAGAAUCAUAUGAUGGUUGUGCUGAUUUUAAUUGUUGUGAAAUGAACAGGAGGUUUGGGGGGUGGGUCAGGGUGAACAGGAAUUUGUUGGGCCAUCAGUGCAUAUUGGAGGGCAGAGGCCGGGCUUGGGGUACAAGCCUCAUCUGCCUGCCUAGGAGCUGGACCUGAAUCCAUUUCUAAACAAUGUGAAGGGUGCUGCCAGGUAUUCAGUCAUUUCAAGGGCCAUUAUGAUGCAAUAAAAUAUUUUCUUUCCUUUUUCCCUCAA